UAUCCGUGGUUCCUACCUGCCUCAACAUUGCCAUCCCAGGAAAGCUUCUCUGCCUGCUAUUACCUUAAUUGAUUGGCCGGAGAUUAGUUGUGUGCGCACACUACUCUACUAUUGCACGUCACCUCAAUUCUUCUAUCAGGCGCUCCAUAGAUUGCCUGUAACCGAAUUACUUUUUUAAAACAAACCGUCGCCUCCACAGAUAGUCGACCGGCGACUCAAGUCAGCACAAUGUCGACUGGCAAUACUGUGUCGCCCUUUCGCAUCUCACACCAGGAUCGCGACCACCUGGAUCGCAAUGAGGCUUUUCGCAUGAUGCGAGAGCAUCUCAGGCGACAGGAAAUGGGCAUGAAGGCCCCCAGCUUUUGCGCCUGCCACCGCAACACCUGUACUGUCCAGGAACAAGAAACAUUCCGCCUGCACCGCGACAUCAUCCAUACACUACUCCUUCCACUAUCCCUUCUGCACCACGAAGCCUCGCGCAUCGCCGCCGAUGUUCUCCCGAGUCGCAAAGGAGCGGAAGCCGACCGCGUCUUCCGGGGUGAGGCACGGAGUGCCUAUGCCUGGUUACAUUCGAUCCUGACCGAGGAGCACGAUUGGUACUUGACGGAGCGAUGCCCGGCGUGUAUCGUUCUUCAUGUGAUGAAUUCCGAGCCCACCAUCCGCUUUAUCGCCGUGGCGUGUCUCCUGUCGGACCACUUGCAAGGCACGAAGAGACGGUUGCCGAACUUUGAUUUCUGGCUCCGGGCGCUGGAGGCGGCCGUCCGGGAAGAUCCCUUCUGGGGCGAUGAUUUCUGGCCGGACAUCGAGUACCGGGCUCGUGCGUUGACCGACGGUGUCAAGGAGCUGGUGCUGCAGUGUCUGGAGCUGCAGGCGGCGUUGGAUCGGCAGGACCUGCCGCCGUCGAUGUCGUACCAUGCUAACGCGCACUUCCGGUGUGACUCGUCCCGGCCGGCUGUGGUGGUCAAAUCGGCCAGCUGCACGCCGGUCACGAUCACCAUGGGGGACGAUCAGAAGCUGCUGGCCAAGGUCGCCGCCAGUCGUGGCACGCCGUCGCGUCGGACCGAUCGGCCGCAACGUUUCCACACUCGCCGCCACGCGGAUGCUCGCAGAAGAUCCGUGACGUCUUGAGGGUUUACCUUGGUUUGUGUGAUGAUUUUUAGUUCCGGAUUACGUAUUCAUCAUUUACGAACGAUCCCGACGCUGUGAGAGAGGGUAGCCUGACUUCGGAUCACUCUGCCAACAGGCCCUGAUCCAGGAUUGACAUGUCAUCCCUACACGAGACAUGAUCAACAUGCAUUACAGGACCUC